AUGAAUGACUUCAAGUAUUCUGAUGAUCAAGCAAGUAGAUUAUUGUCUUUAUAUUUUCCUGGUGCCAAAAAUGGGGUCAACAAAGCUCGUUUCGUUGAGCGUUUUCUGGUUGGAGGAUGGAAAACAAACGAAGAUGCCGUUCAGAUGGCCAUUCUCUAUUUCAUCCAUACUUUUGUUUUUUCUCAACUAGGUGAUGCACCUAUAUCAGUUGAUGAUUUCAAGAUGGUAGAAGAUGGUAGUUAUGAGCAAUAUCCAUGGGGGAAAUUAGCAUAUUCAAAAUUGAUAAAAGGAAUGCGUCAUGAGUUUUCAAAUGCCAAACAAAUGUAUCGUCUAGGCGGCAUGCCAUACGCUCUGAAUGUUUGGAUAUAUGAAUGUGCAUCUCAAGUUCCCUCUGAAAUUGCUGUAAGAGUGGGUAAUAAAAUUCCCAGAAUUCUUAACUGGCGUGUUGUCGCCGUGAAGCCAAAAUUUGAGACAUUCAUGUCUACCAUCUUCAGUGAGUAUCCAUGCUCCAACAUUGUCCAAUCUCAACAAGAAAUGGAAUCUAUUGUCGUUCAUGACAGCCAACAGAAACCUGAAGAUUCAACAUCGGCUGCCAAGGUCAAUUUCAGAAAACCUCAUGAAGUCACUGGAUUUGAGGACUUCUCAACCACACCACCCACUGAAUUUUUAAAGAGAUCCAGGGAUGUCGCUGAGACAUCUUCUCCACCUCCUUCCAAGAGAAUGAAGACUUCCCCUGCUAAAAAGCCAAUUCAAGUAGAAACAGCCAACAUGCAUAAGGAUUUCAUACCACCAAAUGAAUCAGAAAAUCUUGUUUCUCCUGACAAUGAACCGGGGGCAAAGUCACCAAAGGAAUCAGAAAAGCCUGUUUCUCCUGAUAAUGUACCAGGGGCGAAGUCAGCUUUAGGAGGUGAAUCUUCCGGUCAUUCGGAUCGAAUUAUUCAUAUGCAAUUCAAAGUUGACCGGAAGUUCAAGCGUUUGGAGAACAAAAUGGAUUCAAAUCACAUUGAUCUUUUGAAAGCCAUCGACAGUAUGGCGAACCGAAUGACUGGCACAUCAUCUCAAGUUAAAAAAGAUGAUUUUGAUCAAUCAUUCCAUGUGGUUGAACAACAAGAAGCACCUACUGGAUUGGAGGGACCUGAACCAUCCACCAUGAUAAAUCAGGUGGACAACAUAUCGGAACAAAGCAUUUUAGCAGAUGUUUCUGAAUUAUUUGAUCAGCAAGUUUAUUCUGAUACAUUAAAGGAAGAUGAACCAUCCGUCAAGGAUGUAUCAGCACACCAAAUGGAACCACAAAGAGCAGAUACUGAUCAGCUUAUUGCUGAUUCUGAUACAUUACAGAACACUGUAAAGAAAGAUGGAAGAGUAGCUGAUGAUAAAUCUGCCAAAGUAGAAGAGCAAGUCGAGGAGAUUGAAAAAGAAAAAAUCAAACCAAGCACAUCAGAAUCCAAUACUUCAGCACCAUUUUCGACCGAAACUCUGGAUGUGAUAGAUGCUCUAAUAUACGGACUUCCAUUACCAGCCAUGCCAUUGACAGCUGUUAGUCAUGAGCAAGUUCAGGAUGAAUGUCUAUUACGCGAUAGCCAGCUACCAACCACUCUUCCAUCAAAAGCUAAUGUAUUGUCUGACGAUGCGAAGACACCAUAUCGAAGAAGCAGGAUUCCUUCGAAGAUCUUACAGUCGCCGUAUCUUUCAAACUUUGGGUCGAGUGAAAAGGGAAAGGAAAAUUUGUCAGAUGUUACGCAUCAGACACACCCUUUUGAAGGUUUUGGUAUAUGCUAUCAACCCCCUUCCGAGCUUGUCACAGACUACUCUCAAUGGAUAGAUAAAGGACUUCUAAAAUCACAUGGCAACAAGUAA